UUAGUUGAGAAAGCCCAUUUCGCUGUUAUUUUUCUCGAAAUUUCUGGGCCUUUCUUUUUCCCCGUAUUCUCUUCGCCGCUUCUUGUGCUUUCUAAGUUCUUCUGCGGCCGCACUGUGAUAGAGAUUCAUUAGAGACACGUGCAAAGAGGCAGAUGGAGAGAGCUGAGAUGGAACCUAACAGAAACAAAGAGCAAAUUGUCGAUGUGAGGUCCGUUGUCGAAGCUGUUUCCGCCGACGAUAACGGUGCCCCUCUUUACCAAGUCGAAAGCCUCUGUAUGCGUUGCGGCGAAAACGGGAUAACAAGAUUCUUGUUGACUUUAAUUCCACAUUUUCGAAAGAUCUUGUUGUCAGCCUUUGAAUGUCCACAUUGUGGUGAGAGGAACAAUGAAGUUCAGUUUGCUGGUGAGAUCCUACCCCGGGGAUGUUGCUAUCAUUUGGAGGUUCCGUCUGGUGACCCAAAGAUGCUUAACCGUCAGGUAGUGAAGUCUGAGUCUGCAACUAUUAAGAUUCCUGAAUUGGAUUUUGAGAUUCCUCCCGAAGCUCAGCGUGGAUCUCUGUCAACAGUGGAGGGGAUAUUACUACGAGCUGCAGAUGAGUUGCAGGCCCUUCAAGAAGAUCGCAAGAAAGUAAAUCAUAAGACUGCUGAAGCAAUAGACAAGUUUUUGUUAAAACUUAAAGCUUGUGCAACUGGAGAUUCACCCUUCACCUUCAUCCUGGAUGAUCCUGCUGGAAACAGCUUCAUUGAGAACCCGUUUGCUCCAUCCACGGACCCAUCAUUGAUUAUCAGGUUCUAUGAGCGCACUCCAGAGCAGCAAGCAUCUCUGGGUUAUCUUGUUGACCCUUCACACUUGGAAGAUCACCGUGAUGGAGCAUCAGCAGAGGAAAUGGGUGGUGCUUCAGAUGAAGUAAGAAGAGAACCACAUGGAUCGGUUGGAGCAACAGCUGCUCAUAGGGCCAUUGCUCACUCUAAUAGUGCAGAGAUUGUGGAAACUAUGUUUAAGUAUUCUGCACCAGAAGAGGUUAUGACUUUCCCAUCAACCUGUGGAGGUUGUGCCUCCAGGUGUGAGACACGGAUGUUCGUGACCCACAUUCCAUACUUCCAAGAAGUAAUCGUCAUGGCAUCCAUUUGUGAUGCUUGCGGUUACCGUAGUUCUGAGUUGAAGCCUGGUGGGCGAAUUCCUGAAAAAGGGAAGAGAAUUUCUCUUACCGUGAAUAAUGUCAAUGAUCUAAGCCGUGACAUAAUAAAGUCAGAUACAGCAGGUGUGAAGAUCCCAGAGCUUGACUUGGAGCUGGCUAGUGGCACUCUGGGGGGAGUUGUUACAACCGUUGAAGGCUUAAUUACAAAAAUUAGUGAAAGUCUUGAGAGAGUGCAUGGAUUUACUUUUGGAGAUAGUCUUGAUGAAUCUAAAAGGAGCAAGUGGCAAGAAUUCAAGGCAAAGCUAAACAAGCUUCUGAGUUUGGAAGAGCCUUGGACCUUAAUACUAGAUGAUGCUUUAGCAAAUUCUUUUGUUGCACCCGUGACAGAAGAUAUAAAAGAUGACCUGCAGUUGGCAUUUGAGGAGUAUGAGAGGUCGUGGGAGCAGAACGAGGAAUUGGGUCUGAACGAUAUUGACACGUCUUCAGCCGAUGCUGCAUAUAACUCGACUGAUACGAAAAUGGGGGAAAAAUCAAAAGUGUAGACAAUUUUGUUUUCAUCAUAUUCCCUCUUGUUUUGAAGGGAAAUCAAAAUGGAACUUUGGUCUUAAGUGAAGUCUUGAAUUGCAAUUGUUGUACACAAUUUGGGAAUUAUUAAAUCGCGCGCCAGUUUGGUUGAAA